GGAGUGACAGAGCUCCAGAGCCGAAGAAGAGGAAGGAAGGAAGAGAAGGAAGAAGCUUCGAGAAAUCUGACAUGGCAGAGCCGCCGCCGAAGAGAGGAGGAGGCGGGGGAGGAGGAGGGCGCCCUCUGCCGCCGCACGGGAGAGGCGGUCCCCCGAUGAUGCCGCCUCCUCGCCCCCGCUUCGAGCCCGUCGAGCGAGAAAAGACAUGUCCGUUAUUGCUUCGAGUUUUUACCAAGCUUGGGGGCCAUCAUUCCAAGGAAGACUUUGCAGUGAGAGGCAAAGAGCCCAAAGAUGAGGUUCAGAUUUAUACAUGGAAAGAUGCUACUUUGCGCGAGUUGACGGACCUGGUAAAGGAGGUAGCUCCGGAAGCCAGGAGAAGGGAUGCAAAAUUAUCAUUUGCUUUUGUCUAUCCAGAUAAAAAUGGUCGUUUUGUGGUUAGAGAGGUGGGAAAGACCUUUUCUUACGGCAAUGGGAGACGACUUGAUGAUUCGAAGACAUUGGCUGAACUGAGCUUUCAGAUUGGAGACUAUCUGGACGUGGCAAUUCUGUAAAGAAGCGUUAUCCUGAUCCUUAUGUUUUGUUUAGCCUAAGUUAUAGGUUGGAUUGCUUGUUACGAAUUUGUAUUACGACAUAUAUAAGAUCCUUCGGGUAAAAUGUGUUAGAGUGUCUGUUUCUUCCCUGGAA